GUGACAGCUUCUUAUUUUCUCCCUCGCUGCGUUGUUUGCAAACGCACACAGACUGAGGCAGAGGAGUCCAGCAGAGUAACUCAAACAGCCCCCUCACAUUCAGUCUGAAACUUUGAAUUCAAACUCCAACCAUGGUCCCGCCGCUCCGGGCUCAAGCAGCCUUCGCGGCUCUCCGGCAGGUUGAGCCGAUCCUCGUGCUGGAGCAGCUGGGCAGCACCCUCUUCGACACCGCCCUGCAGAUGGUGGUCAGGGACCGGUGUGCCAACGCCACCUACACCGACACCCACAGCUCCAGAGGGGACAGCGAGCAGAAAGCCAUGUCGGACUUCUACAUGGUCUACAACCUCAUCAUCCAGCUCACUCCGAUCCUUCCCGCGGUGCUGCUGGCCAAGUUCGGCGACCGCGGCUGGAGGAGAGCCCCCAUCGUGGUGCCCCUGAGCGGGUACCUGCUGUCCAGGCUCGCCCUGCUCCUGGUGGUCGUCCUCAGCCUCCCGCUGGAGGUGAUGUACGGCGCGGCGGUUCUCUUCGGGCUGUCCGGCGGCUUCUGCGCGUACUGGCCCGGCGUCAUGACGCUGGCGUCGCUGCGCUCCACGGCGACUGACCGGUCCAAGGUGAUGAUGAGAGUGGAGUUGCUGUAUGGGAUAGCAGGUCUGGUGGGCAGCCUGGUGUCGGGUCACCUGUUCCUGCUGUACAACUCCAAUUUGGAACAUGGGACCAUCCUGCUCAUUGUGAGCACGCUGCUGCACCUGCUCAGCCUCUUACACUCCAUAUUCCUGCUGCAGGUGAAACAAGUAGCCAACCAAGACCCAGGGGAGGACUGCCACAUCAUUUCUAACGCCUCCGGUAACGUUCCUGUGGAGGCUUCUGCUGGGAUAAACAUGGUGAACGUGACCCUCCUGUUCGCCGCUGCCAUCCUGUAUGGCUCUGCGGUGGGCGGAGCCAUGGAAAUACUGGGCGUGUAUGUGUUGAAAGAGCCACUCAGCUGGACUGCCACUCAGGUGGGUUAUGGGAACGCAGCAGGAUGCAUGAUUUUCCUCACCAGCUUCCUCGGUGUCAUUGUGUUUCGCCGCUGCGUCAGCGACGUGACGCUCAUCCUGAUCGGCAUGCUGUCGUUUGCCUCAGGAAUUUACUUCAUGUCCUUCGUCACGGCCACCUACAUGUUCUACCUCGCUCGCUCACUCAACCUGUUUGGUCUCAUCCCGAUGCCCACCAUCAGAUCUCUGCUCUCACAGCAGGUUCCAGCAGCCUCAUGUGGCAUCACUCUCACCUCCCUGCAGUUGUCUAUGAAGUUUGCCGGGCUGGCGUACUUCCCUGCCUUCACUAAGAUCUAUCAGAGAACCCUAGACUGGUUCCCAGGCUUCGUCUUCACACUCUCCAGCAUCUUGACAGUACUGGGAAUGAUACCCAUCAGUAUCAUCGGCUAUAGGUCACCUCAGAGACGUCAGUACGUGAGGAUUCAGGGGGACUGAUGGCACAGACAUCAUCACCAGCAGUGAAUUAGCGUUGGUACGAACCAGACAGGAACUGAGACUUGAAAUGGGCAAAA